AUAAAAUUGACUUUUUUUUAGAUUUUUUUUUGUGUGUGUAUUUGGAUGCAAAGAGUAGGUUAUUUCUUAAUAAUCAACAAAGUAAAACUUCAUUUUGUUCAUCUCUCUUCUUCAAAUCAGAGAAGCUUAGAAAGAACACAGAGGAAAUAUUUUUUGAGUAUGUCAUUGACACCGUGGGAGGAACAUAUAUUGAUUGAUGAAGACAAUGGAAUUGAAGAGGAAGAAACUCCAUUAAGAAAUUGGAGUAAUAAUAAUGGAGAAUUAGAAGAAAUUAUCCGAUUAUCAAAAAGUGGAGAAGAAGCAUUGUUAUUACCAAACGAAAUAAUUGGAAGAUCACUUGUGGAAGAUUCAACAUUAUUGGGUUUGAAGGAAAGUGAUAACAUUUAUGGAGUUUUAGAGAGAGAAAAUUCAAAAUUAUUUCCACCACCAUCCAUUAAUGCUCAUAAUGAAGAACCCUCAAAUUCAAAUAAAGAAAAUGCAAAGAAAGAAGAACACAAUGCUAGAGAAAGACAAAGAAGGUUGGAACUCUCUCACUCCUAUUUUUCACUUCGCUCUUUGCUUCCCAAUGCUAGAAGAUCAAAGAAAAGGUGGAGCUCAGGAACCAUAAUCGACAAAGUUGUAGACUACAUUCCAACACUACAAAAAGAGAUUGAAAAGAUGAACCAAAAGAAACAAAAUUUGAUAAAAGCAAAAGAAAGGAUUAUGAGCAAUAAUAAUGCAGAAAGAGUAUUAGUAUCAGUUGAUGAAAAUGAAGGGUUGGAUAAUCAAUAUUAUAAUAAUAUUAAUCCAACUGUUUCAAUCCAUCAACUUUGCGAAGGAGAAGUCAUAAUCCAAAUAUGCAUAAACCCAAGAAACAGUAAUAAUAAUAAGUUGUCAAAUUUGAUUCAAAAGGCAGAAGAAGAAGGCUUAAGGAUCAUUGGUGCUUCCACAGUUUCUGUUUCUCAUCAUGACCAUCAGAUUCUUACCUCCCAUUUGCAUGUUCAGAUGAUGGAUAGGAGUUUACAAGAAGCUGCUGAUAAUAAAUCAAUAUCAAGAAAAAGGGUAAUCUCUUGGUUAUGUUGCUGACUCAUUUACAUACAAAAUACCACACGUACUAUAGGAACCAACGAAGGGUUGAUUUAUAAAUCUGUUGAAGCGUCGCGAUGCUCUAGGGAGGCGCUGUAACGCUACGCUAUUCCUAUCCGUAUCAUUUUUUCUUAACUAGAUUUUCAUUUUGAAGAAGACAUUAAAGUUGCAUUAUUUUAAUCUGUACGUUGAUCCUAGUUACUCACCCUCAUUUUGACAUACAAACUAUGGGAGCACAUGAAGACAUUCAGCAACCAGUACCAUUUUCAACUCAAAUCUUAAUAAGAGGGUCUUCAUUCCCCAUAUCAUUUUCUACCAUUUCAAUUUGAGCAAGUACCAA